UGGGAACCCUUGCCCCUGGCGUGGGUUACUGGAAAGGCUGGAAUAUAAAAAAGGGGCGUGAAUGGGAAUUUGCAAACACAGCAUCAAAACAUUGUAAACCACACACACACACACACAGAGAGAGAGGGAGAGAGAGAGAAAUAAACUGACUGGACUCUCAAGCUGCAGUGUGAGCCGUGGAUUAAUCCCCUCCCCUCCCCUCUCCUGCAGUGUCCAGGCCAUCACUGCCCCGGGAUGUUGCUGAUUGCCUUCAGUCUCACCGCCCGCACCAGUCUGGUCCUCAGGAUCUCAGCCGCCUAUUUGCUGGCCAUGUCCCUGUCGGCUGCUGCUUCUCACGCCGGGGGUCGCCAGUCCGGGUCUGUGGGCUCCAGUCAGGGAAGGAGCCAAGUCAAGGAGCCAAGGACCCUCAUCCUCCUGGAUGUCAACACCAAACACUCCUUCAAGACGGUCAACGAGAACUUUCUGUCCAUCCAACUGGACCCUGCGGUCAUACACGAUGGCUGGAUCGAUUUCCUAAGCUCCAAGCGGCUUGUAACCCUCGCCAGAGGGCUUUCUCCGGCUUUCCUGCGUUUCGGUGGAAAAAGGACAGAUUUCCUCCAAUUCCAGAACCAUCGACAUUCCCAGAAAAAACGGGGCCGACCCGGACCGGACUAUUACCUCAAAAACUACGAAGAUGAUAUUGUGAGGAGCGCCAUUGCCCUGGACAAGCAGAAAGGUUGCAAAAUCGCCCAACAUCCGGAUAUAAUGCUUGAACUGCAGCGAGAAAAAGCGUCUCAGAUGCAAGUCUCUCUCCUGAAAGAGCAGUUAUCCAACUCCUACAGCAACAUCACAGUAACAGAUUUGCUGGAAUCUUAA